AUGGUUAUGGUGGUGACCGGAGGAUCUGCUUUGAUGGAGAUGGGAGGGGAGUAUUGGGCGUUCUUCAUGUUCUUAAAGAGCCUCCAUAGCCACACAUCAACCGAUAGUAUUGACGAUUUAUGUAAUAUUCAUCGACCUACGAUCUCCUCCAGAAUAACACCUCCAUCGAGUGCCUCUUCUCAUCAGGCAGGCAUAAACAUGGUGGCAGAGCUGAUUAGAGUUACUUUGGGUCCAAGAAGUAGGAAUGUAGUGUUGCAGAACAAGUAUGGUCCUCCCAAGAUUGUUAAUGAUGGUGAAAUUGUUCUCAAAGAGAGGUUCUAUGGAUGGAUGGGGUUAUGGUGGAGGUUCAAGAUGGGUGAUAGUGGUGUAGAUGGUCUGUGGGAAUAG